UUAUCAUGGCGGAGGACGAAGAUGGUGUUUCGGAUAAAAAAACUCCCCAAAAUUCAAAUAACGCAGGUCCUUCUCAAGAAAAUGAACAAAAUGCUACAAAACCAGACUUAGGAAUCGAAGAAGCAAAAUAUAAUAGCAACGAAAAUGGUGCGUCUUCGCCGUCAGAAGCGCAAAGUUCGUCAUCAAAGUCGACGGGUGCUACCCGAAAGGAGGAUAAUCCGUUUUCAUUCCGGCACUUUUUGAAGCGGGACCUGUCGCUACCGGGCAAUUCGACGUACGAAAACACGGGCGCUCGGCCUAAAGUUUACGCGAACACAGUGCAACAUUCGCCGACCAAAAUAGACGUUCAUGCGGAGUCUAGGCGCGAGAAAUCUCGUCCGACCGACACACAAGCCAAAGAGAAGACUAGCGAUGGCAGCAACCAUCGCAUCAGUGAUAACACGUCUUCAAGUAGUUCCGUAGAAGUACCUUUUAGUGUAGUGGACAAUUCGGAGUCUAAGCAUAACUUUUACACGGACAAUUCCGACGCGCCGUUCCAUCCCAAGCCGAAAGUGGCCACCGAGCCUAUAGGAAUGCCGUCUCUCCCAGAUUUCGUCCAGGAUCACUUAAUAGUGGAGCAAGCGUACUUGAACCCCAACGGCCCUUUAUCUGUUGACUUGGACAAUUUACCGGACUUUACGAUUAAUACUAGUUUCAAUGCGGGUUCUACCUCCUCAUUGGGAAGGAGAAAUAAUAGCAGUUACAGCAAUAGGAAUAGCAGUUACAGCAAUAGAAAUAGCAGUUACAACAAUAGGAAUUAUGAUUAUGAUGUGUAUAAUAUGGGUGCUGCAUCAACUUCGAAUGAUUCGGGACCGUCUAGACGUGGCAUCCCGCUGGACUUGCCGGUGGGAGCGGAGGCAGCGGGGCCUGUGCCGCUGGACCUGCCCGCACACUUGAAUCUGGAUCUCACAGAGUCAGUGAACCCUGCUGACAGAAGGAAUCCUUCACCAAGAAGGAAUCUUUCACCAAGAAGGAAUCCUUCACCUAGAAGUACAUUUCCUUUGGACUUGCCACCUAAUGCAGGCGCGGAGUCGAUGCGCCUGCCGGACUUCCUGCCGGUGCACCCGGGGCGCACGUCGCCGGAGCCCGCGCACCACGAGGCGCAGUUGCAGCAGCUGCAGUCCGAUGUCCAGCGCCUCAGGUCUGAGCUAUUCGCGGAGCGCACCCGACGAGCCCGCGCGGAGAGCGAGGCGGCGACCGCGCUCGACGCCAUCGGCAGCUUGCGGCUGGAGCUCGACUCCACACGCGCCGCCUUACGGGAGGCCCGGAGAAGCGAUCGGAUGUAUGCGGCGCAGUUGGACGCGGCUGCUCAGAGCUUGGAAACUGGUGUGGACGGAGCUGCGAAUCGAGUGAGUGAAGCUGAGUUGACCAUUCAAAGGUUAAGAAGUCAAAUUAGGAAAUUAAAGGAGGAGCUGGCGCAUUCGCAGCGGGAGGAGCGCGCGGCGCGGGCGCUGCAGGCGCGCGUCGGCACCGACCUGCGCCGCGCCACCACCGUCGCCGACACCUCGCUCCGAGAACUGCUGGCCGGGCUCGAGCAGCUGAAAAAUCUUAGCACCACGCUGCAUCCCACGUGAGCACACUACAACACAUCCACACACGACACCCAUUGUCCACACUGUAACGCAUUUGUUCAACUUGUAAUUCCAUUAUACAUAAUGAAGUAUUCUCUUUUAGUACGCGACAUUUGUAUAAUAUUCACGAAAAUCAUAUUAUCAUAUUAUUAUAUUUAUCCUUCAUGAAAAUCCUUGGUUUUAUACACUCAACGAAUCAGUUCUAAGUCCUUACCCAAUAAAACGUCAUUCGUCUCCGUUACUCUUAACUGGAGUAAAAGAGCGCAAUACAUCCCAUCAAUAUCUUUGUAGAAAAGAACAGUAACCGCUUCUACAAGCGAUUCAUUGUAUGUACAAUAUAAUCUAAAAGUAUAAAAUGUAUAACGUAAUAGAAGUAUAGUAUUUCUUAUCGCUAGGGUUAUCUAAUGUGAAAAAUGUAUAAAAACAUGUCCUUGAAAAAAAUGCAAAUGCGUUACGCUUACCAUUAUAAAUGUACAUUAUAAAGAAAAUUUUCGUAAUCCUUAUUGAAUUGAUCUAUUUAUUUUCACGAAUAAAUUAAUAUUGAUUAUUUAACUUCUGGUUUGAGGCUGAAAUUAUCUUAGAUUUCACUUGAAGGUUAUCACAGCACGGUGUUUAGGUUAUAAGUUAUUCGAUAGUAUUAUUUCGAAGGGAAAUAAAGUCUGGUUGUUCAUUUCACAUGUAAAGGGCUAAAAUUUUACAACUGUUAAAUAACUUUUAUCUGCAGAAUAAAACCAGAGUAAAUACAAAUGAUUAGCGCUAAUCCACGCUAAAUUUUGUCAGUGCGCGCCGCAUACGUAUUGGCGCGCUCACAUACAAACCGCGCCCGGUGCGUUUCUAUGAAGAUAACCUACUCAUUUGUAUUUACUCUGAUAAAACUGUAGACUGGUUACUGACAAUGAUAUUUCUAUACAAAAACUGUUUUAAAAUAUGUCAAACUUGCAAUAAAAGUUAUCUGAUGAUUAAAAAAUAGGUCUUAAAAGAUUUUUCUACAUUGUGUUCUACUUUUCUACGUAAUUUUGCGUUUAAAAUGUAAAUGUUAUAAUAAAAACUGUUUAAUAUUGUAGUAUAUUGGCUUAAAUAUAAAUCCGAUCUUUUAAUGCUCGCACUCUGACAGUGUUUCUUCUCAAUUUUAACCCUGUAUAGAUGUUUUUUACUGGUACUCGACUUUAUGACGAGUGGAUAGGGUUCAAAAUUGUAUCAGUGUCUAAAACG